AUGUGUGGAGUAAUUUCAGAGUUCCCCCAUCUAACUACUGGAAAUUUUGAGAAUGCUCUGGCCUCUGAUGAUGUAUUGGCUCACUUCUUGAAUAAUUUCUUAAGCCUGCCGUCUUUCCCUGAGGCCUUGCUGUACAACCAGGAGACUGGACAGUUUGAAGUAGUGAAUGGGGCAGCUGAGAAUGUCUCCAGAAGAAUCAGAUCCAUGCUACACUGCAGUAAAUCACAACUCCUUAAUGGUGACCCCACAGCGCUGGCCAGCACCCCUCCAGUAGACAACCGUUACACUAUUUGUUGCCUGGACAGAGAGCAAGGAAUUCAGUGGGUCAUGAAAGAAAGAUUGCCUUAUUUCCUGCAAAGUGAUUGCUACAACGAGUACAGACUAGCCAAGUUGUUGUUUCAGUGGAAGCCAGUCUUCUGUAUACAGAGGAGGAGAGGUAAUUCAGUUCGAACCACCCUGUCAGCCCCACAACUGCGUUUUCCCUCCCCAUUUGAUAAGGAAAAUAAAGCACUGAAGGUCCCAACAGGUUCACAUUCUCAAGAGAACAUUUCAGCAAAACAAGGUAUAUCCCUGAUGCACAGUGUUUCAUAUCUACCCUCUGACCAGAAGGAACAUAUCAGCACAAAAUGCAGCGAAUCAUCCAGAUUUUCCUCUGGCUGUUCUGAGCCAGAGAAACCACGUACCUUUUCCUCGUUGUCCUCAUGUUCCUCCUCCUCUAACCUGAAAUGUGAGAGAACCCAGGAACUCCAAAAUGAUGAGUCUCCUGAACUGCAGCUGGAGUACCUGGCUACUGAAGUGGUUAAACAGGUGCUUAACAAUGCACUGUACGUGAUGGAUGGCCAGAGCCAGGUAAACACUGGAUGUUUCACCAAGUCAGGAGAGCAGAAAAACUGUUCCAGCACAGACAAGUCCUGUGAAUGUAAAGUUUGCCAACAUUCGGAUGAUGGGGGCGAGAAAAAGAAAGUUCAAGAAGGCCAAAGGCAGAGUGGAGUGGAAGAAAAGACAGAGUUGUUUAACAAGAAAAAGGAGGUGGGGAGAAGAGGCACAGACAAGGAACAUUUCCUUGAUAUUUGUUGCCAUGGUAUCUGUAGCCAUGGCAAUAGACCAGGCUUGGAUGAGUUGAAGGAGUUUCUGCGAGGAACACCAGGAGAGAAGCUGCUUCAUCUCUGGCUGGAUAUAGAAAGGCUGAAAGCUACACGGACCAGAGAGAGGAAGAGCAGGUAUUUGGUCGUAAUGAGGAGCCGGUACCUGCUGAGCAGCAGCCAGAGCUGUCUUAAUGUGGAGCUGCUCUCCAGACUGGGGCUGACUACCUCCCCCUGCUGGACAGAGGAGAAACUGUGCUCGGUUCAGCCCUUCCUUGCUGAGUCUCUGCUCUACUAUUGGGUUCCACGGUUCCAGACGUCCCAGUGUGUUCAGGAAGACUGGGAUAGUUCCCCUCAUCUAGAGCUGUGGACAGAGUGGUGUUUCAGCCCCCUAUCAGACAUACAGCCCCCCCAUGACUCUAUGACCCUACCUCCCCUCCGCCCUGACACCUGCCUGCCCCUGUCCCCCCAUGCUGUACAUACACAGUUAUUCUCUAGCAGAAGUCAGUUACUGGGCAGCAGAAGAAUGGAAAGGAUGAUACAGGCACUUUGUGUUGACUCCUGUGCCGGCUUUUACUUUACAAACUUCUGUGAACAGUCUGGAAACCAGCUGUGGGAGAAUGCUGUUAACUUUUGGACUGACCUGAAGCACUACCAUGAGCUGUUCUAUCAGGAUGGUCUGGACCCCUACAGAGUACAGAGGGAGGCACAGCUCCUUUACUCUACCUAUCUUUUCAGCUCUGCCAGGAGGAGCAUUGGAGUUGAUGAGGUGAUCAGAAGGGAGGUGUACGACCAACUGAUGCCUGCUUUUGAGGAGCUGUUUGACAAGGUUGAGGAACACAUACUGAACAUCCUGCUGGAGCCGUGGACACUGCUGGUCAGCAGGGACAGAGAGUCCUUUCAGAGGGUGUGUGUGCAGGAGGAGGUGCGUUGCAUCGACAGUCAGGAGUACAGGGAACUCCAGAGUCUGUACAAGGAAUCAGAGCGCCAACUGAAACAGGUAGAGCAGUGCAGAUCCACGCUAUUACCCUCACCCAUUACACCUUCAAUUCCUUUCUCAAAGGGCCCCCAAGCACCGGACUCUUGGUCCAGAGUGUCUCCAACUUACCAAGGUUACCGUCUGGGUUCCCUACUUCGUCACCGCCAUGAGAUGGGCCACUUUAUGUCCUUCCUACAGAAUCGGGAUGCCAGUAUCCAUCUGACAUGCUGGCUGGAUCUGGAGCAGUACAGGAGGACUCCUCAGAAAGACAAGGCUGUCAGACAGGAGAGAUCGUCUCAUAUUGCAACUAAAUACCUCAACAGGAAGUACUUCUUUGGGUUUGACAGCCCCGCCACAACAGAGCAACAGAAUGAUAUAUUGCGUCUUGCAGGUGGACUGGAGCGUCUGAAGCUGGACUGUCUCUCGAAUCCAGUUGUCGUGGAGAUCCAGGCUAUCAUCAAAAGUCACAUUGAGGAAAAAUGGCUGCCACUGUUUCUGUCCACAGACGAGUUCACAGAGCGACUGAAACACAAACCAGAGCCUCAAGCAGCAGACAGGCUCUCACAGCACAUCUACCGUCGACGCAGAACGAGGAGAGAAGCCUGGAAGGCGGAGGGCUUGUGGAUGAGUUCCUCCAAAGACAUCCUGCUGUUUCGACGGAUUCUUCUCAACCCUGAAACCUGUAUGCAGUUCCAGCACUUUGUCUCUCUGAAGGGAGACUUCCUAGAAAAUGAUUUGCUAUUCUGGUUGGAGGUACAGAGAUACAAGGACCUCUGUCACUCUCACAGCGAUGAGGCCACCAUCCAGCAGAAGAUCUCCACUAUCAUAAACUGUUUCAUCAACUCCUCCAUGCCCCCCGCUCUGCAGAUAGACAUCCCUCCUGAACAGGCCCAGCACAUUCUGGAGAAACGCCACAUGCUGGGUCCUUACAUCUUUAGAGAGGCACAGAUGUCAGUGUUCAGUGAACUGCUCAAAUUUUGGCCAGAGUUUCAUGAACUGAGCAGGAGUAUCCAAGAGGAGCAACUUCUUCCUCUACUGCAGGAGAAACGAGUCAAACACAGGGCAAGAGUGAGGAGACAGAGGAGGAAGGAGGACGAGGAAGCGGAAGAGGAGGACGGGAGGAGGAGAGCCCAGGAAGAGCUUGAGAGGCCUGAGUCUAGUUUCAAUGAGGAGGGAGAGACAGAUGAUGAAGACAGCGUAGAAGAAGAACAAGAUGGAAGAAGUGGAAAAAAACAGUCGAGGACACAAAGCAGAGUGCUGCUGACUCCCACACAGCCGUUGUCGUGGUCCUACUCCAAGUACAUGGCUGCUCUGAGGAGAGAGGAGGUGCUGCUGAGGAGACAGAGUCAGCUGGAAGCCUCAUUCUCCAGAGCCUCAGAUUCAUCCUCUGACUGCAGUGUGAAGUCAGCAGACAGUAAACACAGCUGCCAGCAGCCUGCACGUCGCUCCUCCAGAGCGGACAGUAAACAGUGUAACAGAUACAACAGAGGUGUGAGGGUGUGCAACAUGAAGUGACUUCAUGCCACUUCACUUUGACACAAACAGAUGAGGCUGCCUGAUGCUGUUAUUGGAGCACGAUCAAUGAAAACCGAGAGCAGACCUGCUACUGAUAUCUUGAUACUGGAGGCUGGAUUUACAUACAGUC